AUGGCGAACAUACAGAUGAAAGAAGGUGAAGUAACUUCAACGAUAUACACUUUGAUAAAGGAUAGAAAAUACAGUGAAACGGUACAGGUUUUGAACAACAUUAUUCAGGUUUACGACAAAUCUCGACCAGCGUUGUCUCUGUUGGGCUUUUGUUACUAUCAGUUGCAGGAUUUUGUCAAUGCCGCAGAUUGCUACGAACAAUUAACAAUGCUGGAACCAGCCAAUCAAGAAUUUAAACUUUAUUAUGCCCAGUGCUUAUACAAAUCAAGUUUAUAUGAGGAAGCCAUGAAAAUAUCAUGCCAGGUAGAUGGGAAUAAUUUGCAUUCAAAAAUUGUAAAACUUCAAGCGGGCAUUAAAUAUGGACAAGAAGAUUAUACCGGAGCAAAAAGUCUGAUUGAUGACUGUCCCCAGGAUGAUCCAGACGCCAUAAACAACAUUGGAUGCUUGCACUAUAGUGAAGGAAAGUAUGAGGAGGCCCUCAAAAAAUUUACACAAGCUCAACAAAUUGGAGGAGAAAAGCCGAGUUUGAUGUACAACAUAUCUCUUAGUCAUUAUAUGUUGAAAAGAUUUAAUGUUGCUCAUUCGUGUGUCAGUAAAAUAAUAUCUAAAGGUAUAAAUGAGCACUCUGAGUUGGCAAUAGGUAUGAACACAGAGGGACUGAAUGUUAGAAGUGUCGGAAACUCUCUAGUCCUCCAUGAAUCAGCGUUAGUUGAAGCAUUUAAUCUUCAGGGGGCCAUUGAAUUUCAACUGAAACAUAUGGACCUUGCAAAAAUGUCCUUGACUGACAUGCCACCUAGAAUGGAGCAUGAACUUGACCCAGUCACUCUCCACAACCAAGCUCUCUUCAAUAUGGAAACUAAUCCAUCUGAAGGUUUUGAAAAGUUGCAAUUUUUACUGCAACAAGAAUCAUUCCCUCCUGAAACAUUUGCAAACCUCUUGCUGUUGUACAUUAAAUAUGAAUAUUACGACCUAGCUGCUGAUGUUUUGGCAGAAAACGCACAUCUGACCUACAAAUACUUAGCACCAUUUUUAUAUGAAUUUAUUGAAGUCGUCAUCUUGAGACAAACAGCUCCUGAAGAGGCAUACAGUAGAUUAGAAGACAUGGCAACCAAGUUAACUGAAAAUUUAAGAAAAUUCACAAAGCAAGUUCAAGAGUCCAGAAAAGUUCACAAUGAUGAAGCCACAAAGCAAGCAAUUCAGGAAUUUGAUGAAACGAUCGAUAAGUUCAUCCCCAUUCUAAUGCAGCAAGCCAAAAUAUUCUGGGAUCAUGAGAACUACUCUGAAAUAGAAAAAUUAUUCAGAAAGUCAGUUGAAUUCUGCAACGAUCAGGAUGUGUGGAACAUGAACGUUGGACACGUUCUGUUCAUGCUUGAGAACAAGUACAAAGAAGUCGCUGGUUUCUAUGAACCACUGGUCAAAAAACAUUACGACGAAAUUCUCGAAAUAAAUGCAGUUGUCCUGGCAAACCUCUGCGUCUCUUACAUCAUGACCAGUCAGAAUGAGGAGGCCGAAGAAUUGAUGAGAAAAAUUGAGAAAGAAGAAGAAAAUGUAGCUUACGAACAGCCUGAUAAGAAGAUAUUCCAUCUCUGCAUUGUCAACUUGGUCAUUGGUACCUUGUACUGUGCAAAGGGAAAUUAUGAAUUUGGAAUUUCGAGAGUCAUCAAAAGUUUAGAGCCUUACCAGAAGAAACUUGGAACAGACACGUGGUACUACGCCAAGAGGUGCUUCCUCUCUAUGCUAGAGAACCUGGCGAAACAGAUGAUCAUGUUGAAGGACGAGGUUUUGCACGACUGCCUCCUCUUCCUGGAUCACUGUGAAUUUCAUGGCAGGGCCGUACCGGCCCAUGUUGAGGCCCCUCUCGAAACGGAGAAGAUGCACCCAGGAAAGAACACUGUGACGUAUGAGGCGAGGCAGCUGAAGGCUCUACUAUUGCAGUUCAUGUGA